AUGCAUGUUUGUGUGUGUGUGUGUCUCGCUUUCGCGCUACCCUCUCACCCCCGCCAAAAAAAAAUCGUUUCUCAUCCCUCAGCUGCCUCAUCAAUGGAAAACCGAGGCAAGAAUGAGUGGGGGUUUCUGGUCGUCUUGGCCGUUGGUGUCUUUGCAUACUACCUCUCUACCUUGAAGCCGUCACCAGAUCCGGAGAAGCGUCGGAAGGACGUCCUACGCCGGCUCCACGAUGGUGCCUCCCCACGCAUGCUGCUGAAAGGGGGGUUCAGCCCGGCAGAGCUUCUCAAUGCCGGUGUGCCGCGGGAGGCUCUGCGCUCCGUCUACCCAGUGUCCUCGUCCAUGUUGCCCUCGCGAACCCCGCGAAGGGAGGCGCGCCGCCGCUCACCCAGCACGCCAGGUUUUUCGUACGCGUACGAACCUCUGAUGUUGGCGACAGACACAAUGCGGAACGUCUCGGAGGCGCUCAAUGACGGUCUGCGCAGCCGCAGCAUGAGCACCAGUGUUAGCGACGUCCGUGAGGUCACACAUGGCCACAUGGCUCGCUCAACAACCGUGCUGUCGACCCGUUCAUACUCGCAGAAAGCGGAAAACCUCCCAACUAGCUCUCGGCGCUCCUCCGUUCGGCUCGCGGCCCGUAUGCGGCUGUCACCAGCGCAACACGAGUUUUACGACUGCAACUCGAUAGAGCGAAGCAGUGCCACUCGUACCCCUGUCGGUACGGUCCGGGUGCGAGUGGCGGCCCUCUCCGCGGCAAUCACAUGCGGCUACUCGGGCGAAUCCGCCGUCUACCACCACCCGCUCGAGGUGCUCCGCUUCCUGCAUGAGGAUGGCUCCAGGCUAAGUAUCAUGGCGGAGGACUGCAGUGCCCUUAAAAGCGGUGAGGUGCUGACAACCGAAGUGUAUGUCAAGCGUUCUCUAGCGCGGGCUCGUGCCGCGGCUGAUAGCGCUAAGACCUACUUCAAGGUGAAGCUCCACACCGCGGCCCGCAAGAUCGCAACAACGGUGAUGGAGUCGUACGUGAACAUCUACGCGGGGCCCUCGCCGGUGAUCCUCGCCGGCUUCUACCUUGUCAAGGACAACACAGCCUACACAAUUCAGCUGCAGACCCACACGGACGCCUACGAAGAGCGGCUGGCGGAUCUGCUCUACGCAGCGCAGAGCGCGCGACUGCAGGGUGCGGAGGAGACGGCGGGCAGCUGGUCUCGUGGUGGACGGGGGCGGAACGAGUACCAUGUUGAAGCGGAAGGCGUCGACAGAGUGUACGUCGUGGAGACCCCCGUCGAUGUCGUGGUGAGGGGGCCGACAGUUCCCCACGCCGCGCGAAGCGAGCUCAUUUUGACGCCGUGCAGCAGCGGCGGUGACACCGGGGCACCGUGGCACGCUACCAUAGCCGUUUGCCCGAACGCGGCGCGCGAGCACGCUGAAAGCGGAGAGAGGCGGCAUAAUGUAAUCCAGCUGCUACAAGACGCGCACGUGUCGAUCGAGCUCAUAGUGUACACGGCUGACAGUGCAGCGGCAGGCACGACAUCAUCACCGCCGCCGCUGCCGCCUCCACUGGCGGCCGUUAUGGCACGUGAGGCCACCACCGCAGACAGACAGCUUUCCAGCAGCGUGUACCGAUCCGCUGAGUUGACAAUGGCACUCCCACCACCUGAGCACUUCCACACUGUCGUAUGCGAACACCCCUAUGAGUCCUCCAUGACGCUCUUCAUCACCUCCGUGACUUCUGCGGAACUGUUCGAGAUGGAGCUACGUCGUGUGAGCCACAUGAACGAGGACUCGCUGGAGCAGCUGUUCUCCUACGUGGAGACGCUUUUCCUCACCCCUGCCCGUCCGCGACGCUCGAUGAACGCCGCAGGCCAAGCCUGCUUCUCCGUCGAGGGAAUCGCCGUGUCGCCGGCGAAGACAACGCUGUGGGUGUACGGGGUCCAGCUGAGAGAGGAAUGCUGGCUCAUUUUUCGAUGGCUGUGCACCGCCAGUGCCGUGGAGUCGCCCGAACUGGAACAGUACCGUAGAGAGCUCGUCAAGAGCAUCGUAUGUCGAAGCGACUGA